AUGAAUUCCUCCCCCCCCGCCCCCGAGGCCCCCCCCGGCCCGCUGCAGCUUUGGCAGGAGGAGAACCAGACCCAAGGCGGGCUCUGGAACGGGAGCCAGGAGCUGGGCUGGGAAGAGCUGGAGAAGAUGCUCUUCCUCUUUGCGAAGGAGCCCGUCACCAUCAGCCUUACGGCGAUGUACCUGGUGUCCUUUGUGGUGGGCUUCGUGGGCAACAUCAUGUCCAUCAGGGUACUCACUCGGAAGCGCCGGAGUCGGGUCUCCAGCCUGAGUGCCACCCGCAGCCUCCUCAUCAACCUGGCGGUGUGUGAUCUCAUGGUGGUGUGCAUCUGCAUGCCCAUCACUGUGGGCAACCUCAUCUACAAAGCCUGGGUGUACGGGGACUUCCUCUGCCGGGCGGUGCCCUUCAUCCAGGCUGUUUCUGUCUCUGCCAGCGUCCUCAGCCUGACCGUCAUCAGCGUGAACCGGUACUACAGCGUGCACAACCCACUCAACGCCCGGUCUUUCUUCACCCAGAAAAGGAUCCUCAGCACCAUCCUGGUGGUGUGGUUGUUGUCCUCAGGGAUAUGCAUGCCCCUCAUCUUCAUGAACAAACGGGACGAGAUUGGGGUGGUGGAGGGCUUGCCUCUGGUGUUUUCCAUCUGCAGGGAGAUUUGGCCUCAGGAGAGACUCAAGCAAGCCUACAACUUCCUGCUCUUCUGUGCCCUCUACUGCCUGCCAGUCCUGUUCAACAUGGUCAUCUGCUUCCUCACAGUGCGCCGCCUGUGGAGCCGCAGCAGCCAGCUGAAGGAGAGCACUGCCUUGAACCGAUCUCUGCCGGCCUCUAGGCUGAAGAUACGGAAGAAAGUAGCACAGAUGGUGGUGGCCCUGGUCCUGCUGUUCGCAAUCUCCUGGCUGCCCGUCUACCUGAUGGACAUCUGGAUCGAUUUCAACAUCCCCAAGUCUUUGCAGGAUGUGACUCCUUCUCCUUGGAUCCUGCAGCUCAGACCUUUUGCCCAGUGGCUUGGCCUCACCAAUUCCAGCCUCAACCCUAUAUGCUAUUGCUUUGUUGGAAACCUCUACAGGUCAGCCAAGGAAAUGAAGAGCAAAUACCACCAAAGAAUGGUUUCUCUCUUUAACUUCUCUCUGUCUGAAGGGACAAACCGUUCCUCAGUCCCAGAGCUGCUCUCUUACCGGAGUUCAACAGAGCCUUCAAGGAAAGGACCCUCCGCCACCCCCGCUGUGGGCAGGAGAUAUCAGGGAGGUCACGGCCAUAAGAACAAGUGUGGGCGCUUGAACUCCUGCCAGCAUCCACCUCUGAAUACUGUUUCCAGCGAGAACACUUCCUUGUAAUUCUGCUCAGGAAGUGCACCUCGUACCCUCAUCUGCAUUUAAUGACUCUUUAGAGGUCUUUCUGAACCAGAUAUUUUAAUGCUGGAAAAAAACUUUCUUCUAAUCACUCCCAGCACCAGUUCAAAAAUACAGGGACAGGGAAAGAAGCAUGUAAGGAGAGAAAAAGAUGAUGCAUUUUAACUCACAUCAAGUUUUAAGACGAACGAUUUUUACAAGCAGAUGUGUAACCUGUUGCCCAGUCAACAGGCACAUAAUUAGAUAGAUCGGCUUCCCAACGAGUGAGCUCUCCCCGCAGCUCCACCUCUGGAUGCAGAGAUGCUGUUUGGAUACAGCAACGAUUUGACGGCUUGCUGCUGCCCACCCUGUGCUGAUGAAGAGCAGCGAGAAGCAGCACUCUCUGCUCCAAAUCCGUCAGUCGUAGUUGCAAGCAGUGAAGAA